CUUCGCUAUGAGUACGGAUCGGUCCCCAAAUUGAUCACCAACUCAUUGGCGCCCGCGCAGUUGUCUUCAGACCAUACCUCGCUCAAGCCUAUUCUGCCAGUCUGUUCCACCGUUAUCAAGACCACCAAAUCCAAGCAAAUUGCACUAUUGUGAUGCCUGAAAAAGAAAAACCCUCAGCUUCGACGGAUGAAGCGGUCCUGAGUCGAAUCGUCUUCCAAGAUGAUGAUAUCCGCCCGACUCGCCAGAGCCGUGGAACAAGCACAUACAAGAAGCGGAUCCGCUCUCGAAGUCGCGAUUCAUCGGCAAGCGGACACUCUCGCGCCUUAUCCGGCCUACCUAUCGAACAUCGUGCACUCUCGUUCCAGAUCUCGGAGUCUCAGGCCGUUGACACCCACAACCCGAAAGCCAAAGAGCCCCCAAAGGCAGGCGAAGAGGACCGUGUCUUCUUCGAAGCGCUUGACUACCACAUCCUACACGAAGAUAGGGUCUGCGAACGUUUCAAUGUAUCGCGCGACAGUGGUCUCAGCCAGGACAUUGCCGCUCAGCGUCUCCAACGCGACGGAAAAAAUGUUCUUCCCCAGCCUCGCGAGAGCUACAUCCGCAAGCUACUUGGAUAUGUUUUUGGUGGGUUCUGCUCCGUCCUUUGGGUCGGAGUGAUCAUCUUCUUCAUCUGCUGGAGGCCCCUCGGCGAUCCUGACCCACAGGCAUACAAUCUUGGUCUUGCAAUCCUCGUCCUCAUUGUCAUCUUACUUCAAGCUAGUUUCUCAUGCUUUCAAGACUGGUCCACAAAGAAGACGAUGCGAUCUAUCCUCGAUCUCCUGCCCUCCGACGCACUCGUCCUACGAGACGGCCAUUGGAACAAGGUCUCGACCACCGAUCUUGUAGCUGGAGAUGUCGUCAAGGUCCAGAUUGGUAACAAAGUGCCUGCCGACAUUCGUCUCGUUGAGACCUCGGGCGAUGUCCGAUUCGAUCGAUCGAUGCUCACGGGAGAAACCGAAGAUGUCGAAGGUGCAGUUUCUGAGACGGAUAAAAACUUCCUCGAGACCCGAAACAUCGCAGCGAUGGGCACGAGCGUCACAAAUGGCCAGGCUGUCGGAAUAGUCGUUCUGGUCGGGGGCAGUACCAUCAUGGGCCGCAUCGCAAAGGCUACCUCUGGCGUAAAGGCAAAACCGACCUUAAUUCAGGCAGAGAUAUCGCGUUUCGUUUUGAUCAUCGUCGGUUUGACGAUUUGCCUGGCAUGUCUAAUCCUCUUCGCAUGGGUCGGAUGGCUACGCAUCAAACAUCGUUCGUACAUGAACGUUGUCGCGAUGCUCAACAACGUCAUGGGCUGCGUAGUAGCUUUCAUCCCAGAGGGUAUGCCUAUCGGCGUUGCACUUACUCUCAUGAUCGUUGCUCGUAGCAUGAAGAAGGUGAACAUUCUUCCCAAAGGCCUGUCGACGGUGGAAACCCUUGGCUGCGUCAACGUUCUUUGCUCCGACAAGACAGGCACUCUCACCCAGAACAAUAUGACAGCAAUGUCAGUUGGCUUUGUGGAUGGCUUCAUGACCACUGAAGAGGCAGAGGAGCUGUUCCAAUCCAACAAGUCGCGUAAAGCUCUCGUUGAGCUGUACAAAGCGGCUGUGCUUUGCAACGAUGCAACCUUCGACCCUUCAACCAUCCAUGUGCCAAUCGAUCAGCGACUAGUUCAAGGCAACAGCACAGAUGCAGCAGUACUUAGAUUCGCGGAGACCAUGAAGCCCGGAAAGGAGACCCUGCAAUCUCAACCCAGGCGGUUCCACAUCCCAUUCAACUCCAAGAACAAGUGGAUGCUCACGAUGCACCCUUGCGAUAACGAUGAGAGUCGGAAAGAUGAGUUCUUGGUACUUGUUAAAGGCGCUCCGGACGUCCUUCUGUCGAAGUGCUCAAGCUACUGGUCUUACGAAGACGACUGCACCAAGCCUCUGGAUGAAGCUUCGCGAGCGCAAUUUUCCGACUUGCAAAACCGCUUGUCCAGGAAUGCAGAGCGUGUCAUCCUUUUGUGCCAACGUCGAUACACCCCAACGGCGUCCGCGCAAUCUAAUGUUCUGGGAGACGAGCUUAUGGAGCGUGGUAUGCAGAACCUGACUAUUGUUGGUGUCCUUGGCAUCCUCGAUCCGCCUCGGCCGGAGACAGCGGCGACCGUUGCUUCUUGCCGCAAAGCUGGCAUACGCUUCUUCAUGGUGACCGGCGAUUAUGGUCUAACCGGAGCUGCUAUCGCUCGCCGAACGGGCAUCUUCACCGGUGAAGCUGAUCCAGACACCAUCAAGACUUUGCAAGAGGUCCGGGAUGGCUCUUCGAACGAUGAGUUGCAGUCAGUGCACAGUUACAAAAGCCUCCUCCUGGAAGGGCCGCAGCUCAACGAUCUCUCCGACGCUGACUGGGACAUUGUUUGCAGCUACGAAGAGAUCGUUUUCGGUCGUACGACUCCAGAUCAGAAACUUCGAAUCGUCAACCAGCUGCAAAAACGCGGAAACGCUGUUGCCGCCACUGGUGACGGUGUCAACGACGCACCCGCUCUUCGAGCAGCAGAUGUCGGUAUUGCGAUAGCUGGAGGCAGCGACGUGGCUAUGGAGGCAGCGGACUUGGUCCUCCUUGAUCGCUUCGACUCCAUUGUCGACGCUGUUCGUCUUGGAAGGCUGGUUUUCCAAAACCUCCAGAAGGUCAUUGGGUAUCUGCUGCCAGCUGGCAGUUGGUCUGAGAUCUGGCCUGUGCUGAUGAAUGUCUUCAUUGGGGUGCCGUUGCCAUUAAGCUCAUUCCUCAUGAUCAUCAUCUGCGUGUUCACAGAUCUGUUUCUCAGCUUGAGCCUGAUCAUGGAGAAAGAAGAAUUCGACCUGCUUAGUCUGCCCCCGCGCAAUCACAAAAAAGACCACUUGAUCAAUCUCAAGAUCUACGCACAGUCAUACCUGUUCAUCGGCGUUAUGGAGACUGUCUGUGCGCAUUCGAUGUUUUUCUUGUACUACUACAAGAAAGCUGGUAUCCCAUUUCGGGAUCUCGUGUUCCUGUUCGAGGGAUACACUGACGGCUUCCACGGCUAUACCGAAGACGAGCUUGCGCACUUCAACGUCGUUGGACAGUGUGUUUACUUCGUGACCCUUGUCAUUCUGCAGUGGGGAAAUAUCUUGUCCAUCCGCAACAAGAAACUGUCCAUUUUUCAAGCGGAUCCUAUUCGAAAGCAGCGAAGAAACCCAUGGCUCAUUGUGUCGAUCCUCAUAUCGUUUGCCAUUGCAAUCUUUGUCACGGAAGUGCCUGGAAUCCAGAGCUUGUUCGGAACGGCAUCGAUUCCUAUCGAAUUCUGGCUAAUUCCACUUCCACUCGCCAUGGGUAUCUUGGUGAUGGACGAAAUUCGCAAGUUAAUCGUGCGAACGUGGCCCAAGGGCCCUGUGGCGAGGAUCGCAUGGUAGUGUAUAGAGAUUCUCGCGCCAACAUCAAUGAUGGAUCUAUGGUCAGGCUCAAUUAGAUUCUUCAUAGUCAAGUCUAGUAUAACUUAGACUACUUUACGUGUCUUAAAAAUCAACUCAAUACGUCCUCCCUGGUAGUCACGUUCGGGUGUGAGAGAGGAUAAAGUCGAAGACGCU